GAUUUGUUUACUACAGCAAAAGGUUAGAGCCGCAGCUACAAGACAGCCCGUCGAGGGCUUUCAAAUAAAAAAGUUGAAAAAUGAAGUCAGUCAAGGAUGAAAAAGAGAAGCAAACGGAGCAAAUGGCGUCCUGUCUAAAGGCAUUCAUGCUUAAGAGCAGCUCAAAAACUAAUCUUAACCUCUACGACCACCUCGCCUGUUUGAUUAAUAAGAUAAUGGAUGAACGCCCCGAAAAUGCAGUGGACGUGAUGGAGGACAUGAGUCGAGAGGUGAAACGCGGUUUGAUGGAGGGCACGCAGAGUGGCUUACGAGACACGCCAUUCAGUUGCCCACAGCAAGAUCUUGCUGAACUCCAGCGAAUACUGUUUGCUCGCCAGCCAGGUGAAGAUGGGGACCACCACGAGGAACUGGUUGAGGCCCCAAUACCCAACGUGGCAGAGCUGGCCUUCUUCCUGCAGCAGGCGGGUGUAGGGAUGGACAAGGACGAGAUGCAGAGAAUCUUCUUGGCCCUGAAGCACCUGGUGGACACGCAGCCUCUGCAACGCUGCCGCUUCUGGGGCAAAAUCCUGGGCACGGAGGCCAACUACCUGAUAGCAGAGGUGGAGCUGAGGGAAGGGGAGGAGGAUGAGGAGGAAGGCGGGGAGGAAAAAGGAGAGGAAGAAGAGAAGGAGGCUCGCGAGGAAGAAGAGGACGCAGAAAUUGUGGAGGUUGACCAACUCCCAAAAUCAAAUUUCAAACCACCACCACCGGUGCCCAAGGAAGAGAAUCGCACCGGCGCCAACAAGUACACCUACUUUGUGUGCCAAGAACCCGGGUUACCGUGGGUCAAACUGCCAAGCGUCACCCCGGAGCAGAUAGUGGCGGGCAGGCAGAUCCGCAAGUUCUUCACGGGUCAGCUGAACACCCCCAUCGUCAGCUACCCGCCCUUCCCCGGCAACGAGGCCAACUACCUGAGGACGCAGAUCGCCCGCAUCUCAGCCUGUACGCAGGUGAGCCCGCUGGGGUUCUUCCAGUUUGGCGAAGAGGAGGGGGAUGAUGACGAUGACGGGUCCCGUGCCAACUUCGAGGAGAACCCCGACUUUGAGGGCAUUCCUGUCAUCGAGAUGGCAGAGUCGCUCUCCACCUGGGUGCACCACGUUCAACAUAUCCUGACUCAGGGUCGCUGUUCCUGGGUCAACCUGGGUGGGAAGCCUGAGGAUGAGUUUGACGAGGAGGCGGAGGAGGAGGACAAGGAUGAAGACAUGGACAAGCCAGAGCCUGAAGUCGGCCCUCCCCUCCUCACCCCGCUGUCUGAGGAUGCAGACGUCAACUACACCCCUCCUUGGACCACCGGCUUGUCCUCUUCACUCAUCCCCCAGUUCGCCAUUGCCACCCUGCGCUCCAAUCUCUGGCCUGGAGCCUACGCCUACGCUUGUGGCAAGAAAUUCGACAACAUCUACAUCGGCUGGGGCAUGAAGAGCACAGAGUCCAAGUACGGGUUCAGCCCCACCUCGCUGCCCGCCCCCCAGGAGGAGUACGCCAGCGGGCCGGAGGUCACCGAGUCCCUGGACCCCAGCCUGGAGGAGGAGCAGGCCCUGAAGGCGGCCCAGGAGGAGCUGAGGGCCGCGCAGGAGGAGGCAGAGGGCCUGGACGAUGAGGAGGAGGACGACUAAACAACCAACACACUGCUGCUCCAACACUGGGGCCACACAAAGCAUUUUAGUAAAACAGAUUUUUCUUUUUUUUUUUCCCCCCCCCCAGAGGGCCACUAUAUAAAUAUGAAUUGAGCACUAUUUUAAAUAAAUCUAACUUAUAAGCAUA